AUACCGGACAAAGUCCGAGGACAUCCCGGCUCUGCUCAUUUGCAACCGAAAAACCAUCAAACAAACAUCAAUGGAUGAAAUUCUUUCUCCAUUGAUUAAGGACUUGCUAAAGCUGGAGCGUUGCGGUUUAUUCAUCGAAGACAGUGGUAUCACCUUGAAAGUUCGCUUGGCUUUCGUGAUAGGCGAUAAUUUAGGCGUAAACGAGUUGUUGGGGUUCAAACAGUCGUUUGCAAAUUAUUUCGUCUGCCGGAUGUGCGGCGCCACUAAGCAAGUUCUUCAAGAUCGGCCAAUUGCUGGACAUUCAUUGCACAUCCAUACCAGCAACAAUGCCGAUGCUCGGCAUAAUCCAGAAAAGUUCGGAAUCGGUAGGGAGACCAUAUUCACCAUAUUAAACUGCAAUCUAUUCAAGUUGGCCCCUCCCGACCUCUUUCAUGAUAUCUUGGAGGGUAUCUUACCCGAUAUCAUCCAACUGAUUUUAGUUGGUUUGAAAGUUAGGAAGGGAGAUUUGAUGAAGUUGAUCAAAAAAAUCAAAUGGGUCAACUAUGCAGUUGGGAUAGAUCCGAAUUUCACCGUGAUGGGAAAGGCGUUGCAGAAAUUUGAGUUUUUCUGCCGUCUAGUGGAAAUGUUCCCAUCAUUGAUGACGGAUGGAAGCAAUCAAGCCGCAGCAUAUCGCAAUCUGCGUUGCUUGAUUUUUUCGAUAUUUUCAAGAUCGAAAAUUGAGGAUUUGAACAAAGUGCAGACAGCGAUUUCGGAAUUUGCUCAGGCAAGUAUUUCUAUAAAAUUUAUGUUUUAA